GACAGACACAACAAUAUCCUCUGCUGAUCUAUCAAAGUUCAACGGUAAAUGCGGCAGUGGUUUAACAAGACUCGACAGCAAGGUAGGCUAUGGAUUCCUGGAAGGAAGCCAUAAGCCGCAACUGGAUUUAUCCCACGGUGAUCAUCUGUGCAAAUGGAUUUUUUGCCACAAUGAGGCCAUCAGAGUCUUUUCUCACCCCUUAUCUAACGGGGCCAGACAAAAACCUAACGAUUGAAGAGGUUACCAACCAGAUUUUGCCUGUUUGGACAUACUCCUACCUCGCCCUCCUGUUCCCAGUCUUCCUGCUCACAGACUACCUGCGCUACAAGCCUGUCCUCCUCCUCCAGGGCAUCAGCCUCAUCGUCACCUGGCUCCUGCUCCUCUUCGCACACGGAGUGCUGGCCAUGCAGGUGGUGGAAUUCUUCUACGGGAUGGUGACGGCCACUGAGGUGGCCUAUUACGCCUACAUCUACAGCGUGGUCAGCACCGACCGCUACCAGAGGGUGACGAGCUACUGCAGGAGCAGCACUCUGGUGGCAGCCACUGUUGCCGCCGUGCUGGGACAGCUGCUGGUGUCCUUGGCAGAUGUGUCCUACUUCUACCUCAACGCCAUUUCUUUGGCUUCCGUGGCCCUGGCCUUCCUGUGUGCGUUUUUCCUCCCCAUGCCCCAGAAGAGCAUGUUCUUCCACAGGAAAGAUGCCUCCCAGUCUCUCCCAGGGCCUGACAAAGUUGCGGCUCCGGCCGGUUCUGACCGUCCCUCGAGCUGCCAAGAGGACACGAGCUCCGACUCCGCUGGCAGGAGCCCAACACCCCAACAGCAGGUUGGGAAUGCCAAGCCCCGGAAUCACAUGCUCAGAGUGCUGGUGCAGCUGAGCAAGGACCUGAGGGAUUGCUACAGCUCCAGGAAACUUCUCUACUGGUCCCUGUGGUGGGCUCUGGCUACGGCUGGCUUUUAUCAGGUCCUGAAUUAUAUCCAAGUGCUGUGGGACUUCCAAGCCCCCUCUCACAGCUCUGCAGUGUACAAUGGAGCUGUCGAAGCACUAGCAACUUUUUUAGGUUCAGUAACAUCCAUGGCAGUUGGAUACGUCAAAGUGAACUGGGAUCUCUCUGGAGAACUGGCCUUGGGAAUUUUCUCUGCAAUGGAUGCUGGUUCUCUGUUUCUCAUGUACUUCACUGGGAACAUCUGGGCAUGUUAUGCUGGUUACCUUGCAUUUAAGGCUUGCUAUAUGCUCCUUAUAACAACAGCAACGUUUCAGAUUGCUGUCAACCUGAGCAUGGAGCGUUAUGCUUUGAUGUUUGGCUUCAACAACUUUGUUGCACUGGUGAUUCAAACAAUUUUAACUGUUAUUGUAGUAGAUUCAAGAGGUCUGGGACUGGAUAUCAGCACUCAGUUUCUCAUUUAUGGCAGCUACUUUGCAGUCAUAGCUGGAAUUUUCCUCAUCAGAAGCACAUACACCAUUAUCUCCAUCAAACGCAGCAAUACCAGCGCGGCUGGGGAAAGCACUGGUCAUUAACAACAGAGACAAGAACGGUUACAAGCAACAGUGCAGAAGGCUCCAUCACCUGAACAACAAUAUAUAAUGUUCCAUCAAGCAAAACUGGUGCAGGCUGAAGCAGGCUGUUAACGAGCCUACAGCACAGACAGCUUUGUCAGCAGCAAUGCAUUUUGCCUGUUUUCUUCAUCAGUAGUUUAACUCAAAGUUAGUGAUCGACACCCGAACUUUGAUUAAUGCUCCGCAAGAACAAUUACAGGCAGGUGCCUGAACUUCACACCAGAAGAACUUACAGAACCUCUGAAAUUUCACUUCUACUGAGUAUUUCAGUUAAAGGCAAUUUAGACCUUCAGACAUUCCUAAGGAAUAUAAAGCAACAUUUGCCCCUGGCAGCAAGAUAUCUGUUGGAAAGAUUGCCACAGAGGAAACUUAACACUUUUUCAACUGUAAGUUGUGACAUAGAUUUUUGAAACAAGUUAACAAAUAGCAAUAAACAAUUUUUUCCCCAAAAGAUGCUACUCAAAUGUUGGAUUACUACCAUGUGAUUUAGUAUAGCAAUACUGUCACUUUCCCAAUGGUCAAAUGCAGGCAUUUCAGAUUCCACACAGACAAUGCACUCCUCAGAAAUGUGAAGUGACAGCACUGUAAGGAAAAACAUGUCAUUAUAUACAGAUCAACUGCUACUGAUGCAAUGACAGCUUUACCGUGAGUUUGUUGAAGGAGCAUGAACACAACACCCUGACCUUCCCUUAGAGUGUCUGCCUUGAUAAGCAUAUGCAAUAAUUAUAUCCAACAACUGCCAUGACCCACACACACUUAUCUUUGGAAGCAAAGAGCCUCCUAAACUAACUUAUUUUUAAACCACACGGAGACACUUCAGUUGCUAUACAGAACAGUCUUAAAUAACAUGACUUAAAGUUUAAAUAUAACUAAAGCUAAUUAGGGAAUGUUCUUCCAACUGUCCACUUUCUAGUCAGCUGUACCAGACAGCAGUAAAUUCCACUGUAUUCCUUUACCACGACUUAGAGAUUCGUCAAGACUCAGAAUUAACCGACCCACUUCAUCUCACAAAAGAAAGUAAAAAUCAUCAAUUCCUUUCAGAACAGUUUUGAAAAGCUACUUGAGCUCAUUUUCAUGUCCCAGUAAGUUUUCCCUUCAAGAGGGCAGAAUACUUGCAUCAUAUAGCUUUCUUUCAGGAAUUCCAACUAAAUUUGGUGCCUUCCAAAUUAAUUUUUUGCUUCAGCAUUUGUUUCAACAUGGUAUUUGGAUGUUUGCAGCCAUUAAAUACCUUUCAACUGCAGUACCUGGACAUCACAUCUGCCUUUCAGAACAAGAUGUAUCCACUCCUACAACUGUACCCUCUUCUUACACACAGCUGACAUUUUAGGACUGAAGUACUAAUCUAGGAGGUCUCCACAUUAAUUUCCGUAUAAGAGGGCUGAAGUUACCAAGUGAAGUUCUUUGAUGCUAAAGCAUGAAUACAGCUUUUUGGCAACUAUGCAUGAGCAAUGGUGUGAACAACUGCAGAGACUUCCAAGAUAAAUUUAUAAUCGCAGGUGAAGAAUUCAUUUAGUAAAUAUGGCUAUUUUUAAAACCUAAUCAACAAAACAGCUACAGUGGCAGUUUCUGCUCAACAUACAGAAGACUCAAAACAACACAUGAUCUUCAGCUGCUUGUCUGGAGUUUGGAAAACGCAAAAUUAGUGAACACAGACUAAACAGAUGUGGUUGUGUAUAGUGGAGGUUGCCAACCUUUUAUCUGCAUUUAACCUAGUUAUGAAAACUAAGGUAUUCCACUACUUCUGCAGCGCAUUCUAGAACUACAUGCCUUGCAUACUUAAAUCAAUUUUGGUAUCAGCAAGAAUCAGCUUCAUUUGGAUAAGGACAAUUUCAACAGAUGCUGAUCUCAUCAGCCCUUGCCCAAAGCCUCAUUUAUACCAAUCGAGGUGAAACAGGCACAGGAUUGUUCCCCUUUCACAACACCAUCUGUCUCAUUUUCAGGACAUUUGGUUGAUUUGGUCCAGUUCCCUGCACUGGGCACAUAUAAGUGUAUCACAAGCCCUUGCAGUUCCCCACUCUACUGCACUUACCUGUUACUAUCCCAAAACAGCUAAGGCUGACAACAGGAAAGAACUACAGCUAUUUAUACUGUGAUAAAAUACAGUGUUGAGAGCAAGGGCAUCACUAACACCCUGGAAACCCUCAAUUUUGGGGGAUUUGUUUAGUGAAUUUCCCAGAGAAUCUUGGGAAUUAAACUGUACACCAUACUCUGCCCAGCAGUCUUCAUCAGAAGGAAAAAACCGACCUCAAGUCUAUUUUAACUUUAAAUAUGACAACAGGACAAAUCCAGACACUAAGUUAAGGAAAGCUACUAUAGGCAGCUUGUUGCGUGAGCUGCCUGUCCUUGCUUGGGAUCUCCAAAGUUUAAAAAAAAGAAGAAGAAAAUAGAAAUUCCUGCCCAGGUAGGCAGGCAACAGAAGUCAAAAGCAUUACCUUAAAUAAUUUUACAAUCAGAGCUCAAGCCUUUCAGAUGUCCUAGAAAUAAACAGAUCUAACAUUGAGGCAGUAAACUAAAAGUGGAGUGUCUUACCUUCAAGAAUUGUCAUGGUUAUCUCAAAUGGGCUUAUAUACCCUUUUUCAAAAAAAAAAAAAAAAAUCAACCUCACCUUAUUUAUUCCUGUUAUCCUGAAAGCUGUAAAAUUUUUUCUCCACAACCUUUAAGCUUGCAGUUUAUGUUUUCAUGAUAUAUUUAUAUUAUUUGCUUAGUUCCAGUAUUACACUUGAAGUCAAAUUAUUUCUGUGUUUAAAACACCAUCACCAACUACUCUAAUACAAUCACAUUUUCUCAAACCUUAUUACUAUUACAGACUAUACAAGUCAGAUAUUUUUACCCCCUCUACAAAUUCCAUUCUAGUAAGGCAGGAAACACUGCUGUAAAUUUAAAAGUGACGAAUUUAAUAUUCCAGAGGAGUUUUUACUAAUAUAUAUCAGUUUUUAAUAAAAAGUGCUAUUACAUCUGUGGUACCUUGUCCUGCUGUCACACAUUCUGUUCUCAUCACAACUAGUUACCCAUAAUCAGGUGUCUUUUGCAGCAAACCCUUUCUUGAGUGACUACCCUCUGCAUUGCUUCAGUGUCCUUCACUACAGAUAUUCUAUCCAAAUAACCCAAGCUCAUCUAACACUCUCCUGUUUGACAGGUCACUUCACUUGAGCUAGAACAGCAAACUCCAUUGCAGGAUACAAAGAAACAUUUCCAAGUGAGGCAUGUAAAAAUUUUAAGCUUAACUCAUUCUCUGGAUACCUCAUCUGUGUACAAGACUUGCAGGAUGCACAUUUUCAUCCAAUAAAUGUUACUGCACAGAAAUAAUG